AUGCCUGUUCUGAUCGAAAGAACUCGUCCGCCAAAAGCCCAAUUAAGGGCUGUGCAUGCGUAUAUACGGCGACAACGGGAGAAAGGAAAGCAAGCAUUGGCCGAAAGCAAGGCAAAGGAAGAAGAAGAAAAGCAGCGUAAAAAAGAAGAAGAAAAAAAGAAGGAAACUGUAGAAGAUGUCAAAAAGGAAAUUGCAGAAUUAGAAGCCAAACUAGAGCAACUGAAGCAGAAGAAACACGAUCUUUUUUCUCAGUUCAAAAGAGCUUUAAAUUAUGAAAACGAAUUGAAGAGACAGCAGGAGAAUCAAGCUGCUUUGAAGGCAUCUGCUAAUGUGACAACCAGUUCUAGAGGCGUUCUUGGUUUACCAACUGGACAGCCCUUUAUUUCGCAAAGUGUGCCUCCGCAACCUGGAUUGAUGGACGCUGUUCCCAAUUCAGGUGUGUGAUCAUCCACAACAAUAAUAAGAAUGGUAUACGUAAUUUUCAAAAUCAAAAUCUACAAGAAAACGCUUUGGUUCAAAAGGUCACAAAUCGAGUUCUUGGUGAGCCAACCUAGUCCGAAUGGUAUUCCAGUUGUUAAUUCUGUCCAACAUCGAGUUAUUUUUGUUGGCAAACUGAAAGCAAAGCUGGGAAAUUUAGUAUUAUCAACUGAGUUGAUAACAUAAAUUGGCCACCGUGAAGAGUUUAAAAGCAGACGUUUCAAGCGCUAGUCCUUCGUUAGAGCGAAAUUUCAGCUUUUGAACUCUUUACAGUGGCCAAUUUAUGUUAUCAACUCAGUUGAUAAUACUAAAUUACCAUGUUGUACUCUCCCACUGACACAGCACCACAGUUUCUUUAGAAACUUACCCCUUUAUUCAUUUGAAAACAAAGCAGCUGCCUAGUUUUGCUACAAUCAUGCCUUCUCUGCUUGCCAUUCAUAGUACAUAGUAAAUCAACAGCAUGUACAUUUUUUAACAUAAAUGCUCGUUUUGCUUGGGGUUAAAAUGUGGAUUUGCAAGUUUUUAUUGAGUGUCUACUCCAUACAGAGUGGGUAGUAGGUUUCUUACUUAGAAAAUUACUUAAAGGUAAAUUUCAAAUAAGGGUAAUCUUCCUCUCAUGAUAUAUUCUUAAUUUUCAGCUCUGGGAGAAUCACUGAAAUUUCAUGAAUACCCUAAAAUACUUGUUUCUUGUAAUCAAUAGCAAAUGGUUUGAACCUGGAAGUAAUAUUUUGUUUAAUAAACUAAACAAAAAGACACAUCAUGAUUACCUUGCGCCACCAAAUUUUGUUUCAUGUAAGUACAAUGUAGCUCUUACUUUCAUUCAAGCUAGAUUUGUUUUCAUUUAUUAUCAGGUGUGAUCAGAAGACCAAGUAGUCCUUCACGGGCACACCCCCUCUCAGGUUUCAUUCAGGCACAAAUUCAUUCACAACAGCUGCAAAACCUUCAACUCCCACAUGCCUCCUAUCCAUCUCAGACAGCACAGGUGCGUCCAACAGCAGCCCCAGAGAGAUUUCCAGGGUAUCCCCAUGGUCAGGUACAAGCACCUGUCAUCACAGGGAAUCAGGUUGAUGUGUGUGUUUCCAUAAUGUAUACAAUAAAAGGUGUUUUGUGUGUCUUUGUGUGUGGUAUCUUCCAGCUUGUUUUUUUUUUAUUGCAUAAUUCAUUCAUUCUAGUAAAAGUGCCUUUAAGAUAGAUAUAUUUUUGAUGCAGAGAUUUUCUCACUGUUCUUCAAACUUGAAUAAGGAUAGUGAUUGGAUCAAUCCUGGUAUCUGAGCAAUUGCACACCUACCCCUCCCCUAACCCAACAACAGUCAACUGGUAACUAGUUAGGGUUAAUAUUAGGUUAGGGGAGGGGUAGGUAUGCAGUUGCUCAGAUACUAACAUUAAUCCAAGUGAUCAAUGUCCAACCUCUCCAAAGGAUUCUAUUCAGAUCAAUAACAACAAUGUUAACUUAAAUGUGUUGUCUGAUGAGUUGUUCUAAAACCUGUUUGAAGAUUUUGUUAAGGGUUACUCAAGUGAAUCACUUAAUACUGUCAAACCUAUCACUCACAGGAAAUGGCAGAGUGACCACCUAAUACAGGUUCCACAGAAUAAGGGUGUUUCAAAAAGCAAAUAAAAUCGCCAUUUUAUGCCAUAAUUGACCACUUAAUGUGCAAAAACUCACUCCAAAAUACAAAUCACUGACAGUGAUCUUGGGAGAUUAAAGUUGAUUACAUUCAACUUGAAAGAUUAUUCUUAGUUUUAUUUGGGUUGUUCCACUUAAAGUGACUGUUCAAUACAGGUGGAGGACAGUACAAAAAGGUGGUUGGCACUCAGUAAAGGGUGACUUAAGGACCACUUAACCCUUUAACUCCCAGGAUCUGAUUGUUAAUUCUCCCCACUUACUGCUACAUAUUUCCUUGUAAAUUAGUGACCAGAAUUUGGUGUUAGAUCAAGAUGACAAUUUCUACCUGAUAAGUUUGAAUAUUCUCAUUACUUGUUUGCUGGAUACUGAAAAGAUGUUACAGGGAGAAGUUUCAUGUUGAUCACUUCUGGGAGUUAGAGGGUAGAGGUGACCACUUAAUAGGUUUGAAGAUUACAAUAAUCAAGGGGUAACAAUUUUGAGACUUUGACAACAGACCGCUCAAUACAGGGUGACUGUGAGUGUGGUGCUGCUUAAUACAGGUUUGACUGUAGUAGCAUAACACCUUGUGGGUCAAGACCCUAAUGCAUAUCAAGAAUGCACCUUGCAUAAUUUUAGGAUAAUCUUAACACUUUUUCUUACUCUGCAGCCUGAAAGUCGUAUUCCAGGAAAGCAACACCCACCUUCACAGCUCCCUACCACUGGAACACCUCAAGAAUCACCAGCGCAGUUCAACAGACAGCCAUUGCAACAAGGUGGACAACCUCAGCAGGUAUGGAGUGUAAUAAAAAAUUCACCUUGUGACUCAAAGGACAGCAUUUCCUUCUUGCUAGGGUGUAAAGGGUUUAUAAGUUCAGUUUCUAGACCUUGAUUCAUAUGAGGGUUUAUUUCAUUGUAAUUUCAUGUCGUUCUCCCCUUCCCGGCUCUGCAGUUGCACACCAUGCUAAUGAAGAACAAAAGCUUUUAAAGGGUGAAAGGGUGAAUAUUUAGUUAUUUUAGUGGAGUGAAGUAACCCCAGGAUACAUGAAUGCUAGCUCAUAAUAGAAAGGUGUCAACACUGUUGGCUUAUUUGGAAAAUUUAUCUCAUGAAAACUCUUAAUUUUCAGUGAACAAGUAAUUGAUGAUUGUCUCACAUCUUCAUUUUUUUUUUACACAAGUUGAUGUAUUAGAUGGUGUAAACUAAAUUUUGAUGAACUGGUAUUUUCUAGGUAAUAAGGAGGCUGCCAUGGCAGUUACAUGUACCACAAUUCAAUAUAUUAAAUGUAUUUAUUGUCAGUGAAUUUGUGAUGUUGUAGGAAAAUCAGCAGGCUUUUCCAAGUCACCAAGUACAACAGCAGCAACAACAGCAACAACAACAACAACAACAACAACAACAACAGCAGCAGCAGUUUCCAUAUCAUGUGCAGCUGCAACAACCAGGUUAUCAACAAUACAUACAACAUGGCAGUCAGAAACAAACUUUUCAACAGCCUCCACCACACCCUCAACAGCAACAACAGCAACAACAACAACAACAACCAGGUCCAACAUCACACAACCAAGGAACUCAGCAUGGGUACCCUGUGCAUCAUUCUGGCCAGGACCAAGCACAUCUCCAGUCUUAUCCUAUACAUGGUACAAGUGUCCACCAAUUGCAAACACAGCAGUCCUAUCAAGCACACCCUCAGCAACAGGGAUACCAACCAAAGCAACAAUCAGGAGCAUAUCAAGUUCAGCAAGGAGCAGUAAGCAACCAGCAUGUUUACCAUUUACAACAGCAACAACAACAGCAGCAGCCUGUGCAGUACCCUGGAAUGCAGGGACACCAAGGGCAACAGCCUGACCUGACACAACACAGGCAGCAAAGCAUGGCACCGCAACAGUACCACCAGCAACAAAGCAGUCAGAGUCAAAGUCGACAAGUGCCAUAUGAUGCAGGACAUCAAUCUCAACAAAUGGUUCCACCUCAGCAGCAGCAGCAGCACCAAAAGCCAGAACAGAGACCAAGUACAGGACCUGGGUAUUCCCAAAACUAUCAGGUAAAUCUUUUCCUGUUUAUUUUUAUUUUAACAAAUUCAAGCUAGAGUUAGGAAAAUUUGAGUUAAAGAGGGGGUUUGAACUCUAAGAAACUCUAGUUCUGAAUUAUUUAACUUUCAACCACAACAUUAACCCACUGACAGCUAUUCCUGUAUAAUUGGGAUGGAAAAUGUGAAAAGAUGAGACAUCAAAGAUUUGACAUGUUUUGAAGCUGUUAUGACACUUUCAGACAAUCAGCCAAAUACAACUGACCAUAAACAAUUUUGUCAAAUGAUACCACUGUAGUUUUAAGAGUUACAAAAUUAACAAAGCCAACCUGAUUUAUGGGACUAUGGCUUAUAUAUUGGGCUUUAACAACAAGAAAGCAAGCUGCUCAUCUGAAAUGCUGUCAAGCUGCUGUGUGUAAAUAAACCUUUCACUUUUUGUUUGACAGCAUGAAUAUCAGCAGCACCAUCUACAGGGAUCCCAGUCAACAAAGAGAGCCAGCCACAAGUUCAGUCCUUAUCCAUACUCUGGAUCAAAGAGCCAUCAUCAAGGAAAUGCUGCAAAGAAAUACUCAGGAAAGUACCAAAGCUCUCAAGAAGUGACUUCAUCUUCAGGAUCUCACACAGGCAAGUAUUAACACAGUAGAGAUAUGGAGAGUGCUCACUUGCCUCCCCAUGUGGCUGUGGUUUGGGAAUCAAAGCCAAAUGGGGGUUAGCUUGUGAUGAUGAGUAUUCCUUCGGGGGGGGGUUGGUUGGCUUGUGAUGGAUGAAUAUUCCUUUGGGGGGGAAGAGGUUAGCUUGUGAUGGAUGAGUAUUCCCACCAGGGAGAUUAGUCAGUCUGAUACGUCAUUUUCAGACUUAAACUUUCGCUAAUCGUAUUAAUUGCUCUUACGUCACAGGGCCUUCAGGAAGUUCCUCCCACUCAAGACACCAUCAUCAUCAGGGUAGCAGGAGUCACAAGCCAGGAACAGGAUAUAGUUCAUCCAGUAGCCAACCAAAGUCAUCCAGAUAUUACCAGUGAAAAUGUAUAUACACUGUCGCUUUACGCAGACGCGUUUAUGCAUGGAAACACGGAUCUUGUUUUAUUAGUGAGAACGAAAAUGUGAAAAAAAACUGUGAAGAGUUACGUCGUCCAUAUGACGAUGUUAUACCAAUGAAAACAUGCAUUCAUGUAGAGAUAGUGUCUCUUGUGCAGAUGUCUGGCAUCAUCUUUGAAAAAAUGCAACGGAUGCAAUCUGGCGUAGGACUUUCCAACAAGAGCAAAGUAAACCUUGAAGCUUCUAUUGAUGGAAUCAGUAAAAUAUACUGAAGGCAAUUCAGUGGAGCUGUUACUAUUUCAAAGAGUAUCCAAGUUACUUUAAUCAGAAUUCGCCAGGGCUGCUCCUUCUAAGUGGGGCGCGGUGUGCAAAGACACGUAAUUUCUGCAUGCGUUGAUGCGUUGACUUUAGAGCCUGCACUGCAGUUCGGUCUUGCCUUGGUAUAAGACCACUAAGAGACCUUUAAUACAGUAUAUUUCAGAACCCUCUUGACUUCAUGGAUUGGAAAAUAUGAGAGAAAAGGGAAAACUGUUCUCGUUGGCCUCGUUAUCUUUAACUAAAAUUUUGAAAACGAAAAAUCUCGACGGGCUUCAAUGCUUUCAAGCUCCCGGUGUGGAAGAGGAAAAUGAAGAUGAAGCGACGACGAUGAUGGACUGGAUAGUGUUAUCUCAUAACUCACAGUGUUAUAAUAAAGGAUAUCAGCACUAUUUGAGUCAAAGCGAGUGUUAGACUAGUUAUUUAUGUUUGUAAAUGCAUACCUUAUUUCGAAUACGUUCACGGAUUUUAUCCACACGUGAAGGACCAAAACCAUCACUGGAACGAAUUCGUCCGUGUAAGGUCUCAUUUUAAAUUACUGCAAGAAUGCAUCGACUGAUAUCUAUUUCCUUUGAUAUAUGUAUAUAUCAAAGGAAAUAGAUAUAUGUCACAAUAUAUAUAUAUGUACACAGCCUUAAAAUGGUCAAGCUUUGAUUUAUUUUGGCAGUUUUAUCAGAUAUUAUUUCUGUGCUUAAAAAUACAUUAAAGCCUUCCGUUGAACACUCAAAUAUUUAACAAAAAUAUUAGUCGUUUUAAGACGACCACACCCUGUUAAUGCCAAAGCACCACUCUGCAAAAUGGCACAUUGACUUCGAAUCUGGAUUGUGAUUCAAAACAAAAUCAGUGGAAUAGUUUACUAUCAGGUAGUUGUCAUGUGACGAGAGCGCCGCCAAAUUGGCCUUUGUUCUUAAAAUUCUUAGUGUGACUGUGUUCCCGCGCUCGCAAGGUGACAAAAGCGAAUUUACUUCCUUAGCGCUUUUUAGAUCCAAAUACCUAGUUGUAUGCUGUGAUAAUCCGCCCCCCUCCCUCCCCCUAAGUAUGAAUGGCCACAGAAUACUGUGAGGCAACAGUGGCAGCCCGCGUCACCUUUUCCCGCCAAUUUGAGAACUGUUCUCGAGAAAUAAUCCGACAUGGGUUGCGGUGAGUAUUUUCAGUCCACAAGUUUUAGUUUUUCUCAGUUUAUCUUCAAAUCGCUUAUUCUCAAUAGCGUAUUUUGUUUCAUAUUUAAUAUGUUGCUUGGCACAAGUUAAACAGAUCUACCCUAUAAAUCAAGUUAAGCUAGUUUAGAGCUCUGUAAACAAUUCGUGAUGAUAUUUUUUGAAAGUGUCUGCAAGUAACUGUUUUUCUUCCUUUUUGUCUUUGUUUUAUUACUUGUAUCUGGCAUUUGCUUUGUUCCCUUUUUCCAUUUUGCAGAAUGUCGGAUAAUCUGAUCUGAAGAUUCCUAAGUAUGGAUGAAGCAUCACAAAAGUCAUUUUAUGAUGGUAAACAGCUCUAUUCUUGUACCAGAUGUGAAUUAAUAUCGUAGGCAUAUCAGUCGGAAAAUGAGAGGUUGAAUUGAAUUUCCAUGCUUGUAUUCUUUUGGCAUAUUAGUCGAAGGAGCUUGAGUUAAAUUGCGUUAUAACAAAAUUGGUGUUGAGCUGAGACGAUGUCAUUUAAUAAGAGCAGUAUUUCCAGUGACACCUUUCGAAGUUAAAUUCAUUAAUUUGGACAAAUUUCGUUCCAAGGAAAAACGAACCUGUUAAAAUAAGACUUUCGUAGUGAUAAAAGGUAGACCCAGAGAAAGCAAGACAUAUGAAUCACAUUAAAAUAUGUCGAAAUGCUACAGGAGGAGAAUUCCAUUAUUUGGAACUCGAGGCAUACUUGCAUUACACUGUCUGACAGUAGAAGUCAAAUAAAGUAUGCCAGUUAUUGUUAUUCUAAACAUAAUGCUAACAGACAAGUAAUAAAAAUAGGUCCGCACUGCAUAAGGGUGUCUAGUAUAAAUUGAAAGGAAUGUAAUGUAUUAUAAGAUAAUUACAUGCUAACAGUUGUGGUGCACGUUAAGUCUAUUUGGAAGGUAUACUGAAUAGAUAUAAGUAGAUUCAUAAGUGUACCAAAGUGCAGUAGUUUUCAAGGAAGUUUUUGGGUAAACUAUUUAACAAGUAGACUUUGAGUUCCGAGUCUUCUAAGCGAAUCGAUGCACGGGAGAUUUUGUCAACUAAUCAGAAGUAAAACUAAAACAAAUUAUGACUACCGAAGACCAGAACUUUGCAAAUAUUUAAGUAACAGCAAAUAAAAUUGCAAUAUAAAAUCAGUUUUUGGAAAAAUGGGAACGGAAUAAACGGAAGAUUUCAACACGAAGACUACGGAUUUAUGGCCUCAUUUGUUUUCAACUAUGCGGCCAAAAUAGUUAGUGCCUUUUUAACAGAGAGAACAUUUAUGAUAUCGUGACUGUAUUCCUAAUUGUCACAAAUUAAGACGUCAAUUAAUGGUUCUCUAAUGCAUUAAUGACGUCAUUACUCUGAUUAAGUUAAAUACGUCAACUGAUUCAUCAUGCCGCUGGAAAGCAGUUGCCUGAAACAUUGAUUAAGAUCAUUUGUUAAAUUUUACCAGAUGAUCUUCAAGUGGGUGGAUUUACAUCGAAUGUUUUAGGAAAACUGAAGGAGGAAAGGCAGCUCGUCUUUAAAAGCGGCAGCGAGCAACUGAUAGAGAGAACAUCGGAAUCAAUUAGUCAUGAACAACGUGGAAACGAUCAAUCUGAAUGUACAGUCCCUGUUUAUGAUGAGCAAAUAUGCCAAUUAGAAACACCUCAAGUUACGACAGAUCACGCAACAUUAUCCAUGUCAAAUUCUCUGGCUCAAGAUCGAAGAACAGUUACACCCGCAGGGUUACGCGCUGAAAUGCUGAUGAUAGAGCAGGGGGCAGAUCCACGUGAACUUCCCGCCAAGUUAACUGUUACCUGCUCAAAAGACAACUUCGAGUGUAGCGAAGAUAACGCGGGAAAGAAAUCAGUCGCCGUGCAACCUGGAUUCUACUUUGAUUGGAAAGUCUGUGGGAAGUUUGAACAUGAUCUGAUAAACAAAGGUUAGCGAAAAUGAUGGGUGUGCUUUGAAUGACAUGUUAAACGCUUAAAUUUAGACUUGUGAAUUAUGAGCAGGAGGCCCAUAAUGUUCUCAUAUCACAGUGCGUUGACUUUCUUUGCCUGAUCCACCGAGUUGUCUCUUUGUGAGAGUACUUCAACGUAACUUUUCCAGCAUAGUAAAUGUGUCACGGAUGACUACGAAAUUGUCUGCUAACACGCACACCGCGCUAUGACAAAACAGUGAGGUCAAGGAAUCACGAAUUACUUAUGUUUUUUUUUUCAGCGUCAGUUGUUUGGCCGCCCAUCGGAAUCAAGUCACCAGCAAUGGGGACUAAAGGUAAGUUUGUUUUCUUUCCUUAUUUGAUGUUGCGGUCGAAGGUAUUCAUUUUUUGAUGCUGACAGAUGUAAGGCCUAGAUCGAUUCUUAGCAUCAUUUUCCUGUAUACUGAUUAUAACAAAAGUGUUUUCUUCUUUCAAUCACAAUUCUUGUUAAGUUUACUUUUCCGCUUUCAUAGCUACAUACCGACCCACGAUAUCAUUCUUUGCUAUGGUUGAAGAAGCUCAUCUGCUACCUAUGGAAAAAAUCGAGCAAAUUAAGAAUCAGUUCCACAGUAAGCAUUCAGAUCAAGAUCCCAGAGUCCUGAAGAGAAAGAGCGCUGUUCACGAGAAAGUAUGCUUACGUGCUGAAAAGUUCGGCAAAAUGGACUUAGACGAUGACACAGACAAUUUCACCGAGGAUCACCAGCUCUUUUCCCAAGAAGGAACGAGUUCUGAUUGCAGCCUUGGUCCUCACGUUGGCCUUGAUCAAGAGGUACCCAUUCAGCAUGAAGACGGAAACUCCAAGGAAAAGGUAAAGGGAAUGUCAGACGGACAAUUGCCUCGAAAUAUGUUGAUGAAAGUAAGCUCUUUCAACAAAGGACCACUGCCUGACUCCGAAGAGAACCGACUAACCUGGCAGAGUUCACAGGCAGACCCCUAUCUGAUUGAAAAAGCGCCAUAUUACGGUGUAAACACCGUAGAAACGUGCACUGAAUCGCUUUGCCCAAAAUUGGCCGAGCAAAGUUGCUUCCCCAGAAAUGAUGAAAAAAGUUCAAAGGAAACAAUCUUAUCUGGAUGUACUGUAGCUGAAGUAUUGUCAACGUGCGCGAAGUUUCAAUGUGGUCACUCAUGCCUCCCGGCCGACCACCCUGAGGACAACUCAGAACCAGCAGAGAAAGAACAUGUACUCAACAUCAUCAACGAUGACUCAACUAAUGUUCAGUUAUAUAAAGUGUCCAAUAGCUUGCAUGAAUUUAACCAUGACUUCUCAUGCCAGUAUCCCCCACUAGCCCAGAGAAUGUCCAUCGACACGUGCUCGUCUCUUCGUGCAAUAGGUGAACAUGACCUGAUAACAAACGUGAGUCGUUUUUCGAUAUAGUAAUAUAAAUAUGGAAAUAUAUAUAUGGAGACUAACUUAUCAGUUAGGAUGGUUUAAACAUUUUGCUCAGGUAUCUAACCGGCAGUUAAGAGAAAACCAACAGGUUUAUUCCCAGUAUUCUAACCCCUAACUUCUCAGGCACAACAAUGACUACAAUCAAAAUUUUGCCUUAGUGUUCAUCAAACUGGAACUACUUUUGUUCGUUUCUGCUGAAGUAAAAUAACUCUGCGUCUCUGAUUAAAUCCUGUCGCUAUGAUAUAGGUUAGCUUUGAUGACAUGGAUGUCAGUCCGUUACGUUCGGGAAGAGAUUUAUUGAAAGGAAAAAUGCAGGUGUUGCACGAACGAGAAGACGUCAUUGACUGGAUGAGCCGCAGAACUGUGGUAGCGGAAGACCGACCUUUUAAAGGUUUAGAGCGCUUUUCUCCGAUCUUAUCAGAGAACAGCUUCAACCAUUGUACUCUUUUGCAUUCUGAAUGUUUUGACAAAGUCAGACUGGAUGACUUUCCAGACAACUCCUUGAAUAUCCAACCCGUCUCCCUCAUAGGAAAAGCACGAAACCAAACUAAAAAGGUUUGUGAGGGCAACCCUGAGAAAAUUUUGAUCACUGCUGUCCCAGUGGACUCGGAAAAAAUGGAUUGCCCUCAGGACAUUUGUGAUCAAACAAGUAUAAAAAACAUGGAAACGGAAGAAGUUGCAGACCACCGAGAAAUAAAGAUAACGAAAAAUUAUCCUAGUAAAGUAAAUGCCAAUCAGAUCACAACCGCUCGAGCUCCAAAUGACAAACAAGGGAUGGCAAAUUUGAGAACAGGAGAUGACCACCCAUCAAUGAAAAGUAAGGACGACGCGGGAGAAUUCAAUUUUGGUCAUCAAAAAGAUCAACGUCUUGAAGCCACUUCAGGUCAGAUAUAAAAUCAUAGUACAAAUUGUGUAUUAUUAAAAGCUAUCAAAGUAGGAAAGGAAUGAUCUCUCGCUAUUAGUUAAGAGUGAUUUAUAUCACUUUCACGAGAGCUUGAUAAUUGUGGAAUUGUUUUUUUUUUUCAGAAGAGAUAAAAGAUGAGAAGGAAAGCGAUCACUUUCGAGCCGAAAUCGAAAGGGGGAUGACGAAAUUGGAUGGCCCUGAGCUACUUCAUUUUGCCAUGAUUUUUGUUAAAGGAGCUUUGGAAAAAUCUCAGGUGUGUUAGUGUUCGAAAGGUGCCAGAGAAGUUGGUAGUUAUCUCUCUGUGUCGCGCCCCUCUUAGUUGCCUCUCUUUUUGUAAAGUGCAGAUGGUGGAAAGACGUUAAGUGGCUAUCAAUGGAAUGUAGUCACAAAAGCUUAAUUAAGACAAUCGCUCUAUGAGUAUAACUCAUGCUUUCAAUAAACCAAUAUUGGAGAAAUUUCCAAGUGGUUGUCGAAAAAAACCCGGAUGGCUUUGAUUUUGCUUAGCGCCGCUUUGUGAUUGGUUUAGAAACUGGCGCCACCCUCUGACAAAAUCAGAUGCGAGACUAUUUCUAAUUUGUGACAUGGUCAAUCGCGUUUUCGUGCGCUAGAAACAAUUUGUUGAUUUCACUUUGAGUUCUCAUCGGCUUGUUAUGUUAUCCACUAUUGCAAUUUAACGCUGUGAUUACUUUGGCUUUGGUUUUACAACACUUAAACUGUUUUUCCUACGAUUUUAAAUUUUAGUAAAAGCAUUUCAACUUUUACUUGUAGGGCAAGGAAAAUAUAACUAGGAUCUUUAAGAUUCAAAGCUUUUUUCACAGAUUGUACCUAGCUGCAACGGAGAGUUCGAAAGCGAAAAACGGAGUAAGAACAUGCGCCAAACAACAUCUCCGUUUUCAUGGAAAAAUGACAUCCUUUAUCAAAAUCAGCAGCUGGCAAAAGCCUCUGAACCUAUAGAGAACGACGCACCAAUUACAGGACAAGGUAUUACUUGAGUUUCAAUGUGAAAGAAGUUGAGAGAAACGGAAAGGCAAUACAAACAACCAACAAACCAUAUAAAGCAUACAAGCUUGCAAGAACUGCCAACAGUGUAUCUUUUUUUAACUGCAGUAUGCAUAACAUUUAAAAAUAAUUCCUAGUUGAAAAUACCGUUGUCAUAACUUCUAUUAUAACAUAGCUGGUAAUUUGUUUAAUCAAAUUCAAUUGCGCGAGCGUGCUCCAUAUUCCUAUUGUGCACGCUCAUGACGUCAGUAAACAAAUCCCUCGAGAAAAAAAAUUUUCCAUCGGGUUGAAAAUGUUAUAAAACAAUUGGUUCAUACGUCAGCUGUGCGUUCAUCGAGAUAUGAAGCACUUGGGAAGUUUGGAGGGCACUCAAGAAGCUGGAGUUGCUCUCGGCUACGCUCCCUGUGCAUCUUUCGUGCUCUCCAAACUUCCCGCUUGCUUCAUAUCUCGAUGAACGCACGCUGACGUAUGAACCAAUUGUUAAAUAUGAGGAAAUUCAGGCAUCGUGAUAUUUAUUUACUCCCAGUGAUGUUACUUCCGGAAGGUUAGGUGAUCUCACAGAAGCUAAGCCAGCGCCCUCCUGUUGGGCUCAGAGGCAGCGAAGUUUACUCCCCGUUCAGUUCAAAACGAUUAUUCAACUGGUUACCACUGAUUUUCUGAAAAACGAACGGGAUGGGGUACUGGAGUGAAACGUUUCAUGAGCUGAUAUGACUUGUUUUAUUGAACGUUUUUACCGUUUUCUUUGAGCAGACAGCGAAUUCGAAGAGAAUGGUGACGGCAUGGAAGUUGAAUAUAAAGAAGGAACACCAUUUCUGGUCAGACCUUUACCGAAGACUUCCAGCAACCGCCCCCUUCGACUCGGAUUGUCCAGAAUAUAUAGAUGUAAAUCAUUACAUCCUUGCCUCAAGAAGAACUUUGAAUGA